CCGGCUCAUCUCAACACGUUAAACCCGGUCCAGUCAAACCCGGCCCCGCUGCGGAGAGACGGAACCACUGAAUUGGGUCAGGAUGGCAGAGGUGAAGGUGAAGAAGGAGACGAACCUUUCGGAACCGGCGGAGAUAGAGAACAGGAUCAAGGAGCUGUGUCAGCAGUUUCCCCAGGGAAUCACGGACCAGGUGAUCCAGAACGACCUGCCUCACCUGGAGCCCCAGCAGCGCGCCAUGGCGCUCAACAAGCUGCUGUCCCUGGGUCAGCUGGACCUGCUGAGGAACAAUUCGGGUCUGCUGUACCGGCUGAAGGACACGCAGAGCGCCAGCAAGAUGAAAGGUUCUGACAACCAGGAGAAGCUGGUCUACCAGAUCAUCGAGGACGCAGGAAACAAAGGAAUCUGGAGCAGAGACAUCCGCUUCAAGAGCAACCUCCCUCUGACGGAGAUCAACAAGAUCCUGAAGAACCUGGAGAGCAAGAAGCUCAUCAAGGCUGUCAAGUCUGUGGCGGCGUCCAAGAAGAAGGUGUACAUGCUGUACAACCUGCAGCCGGAUCGUACGGUGACGGGCGGCGCCUGGUACAGCGACCAGGACUUCGAGUCCGAGUUCGUGGAGGUUCUGAACCAGCAGUGCUUCAAGUUCCUGCAGAGCAAGGCAGAAGCAGCGAGGGACGGGAAGCAGAGCCCGAUGGUCCAGAGGAACAGCUCGUUCGCCACGUCGCAUGAGGUGUGGAAGUACAUCUGUGAGCUGGGAAUCAGCAAGGUGGACCUGUCCAUGGACGACAUCGAGACCAUCCUGAACACACUGAUCUACGACGGGAAGGUGGAGAUGACGGUGAUCGCUGCCAAGGAGGGGACGGUGGGCAGCGUGGACGGCCAGAUGAAGCUGUACCGCGGCGUCAACGCCAUCCUGCAGCCCACCGGCCUCGUCAAGACGCCCUGCGGACUCUGCCCGGUGUUCCACGACUGCCACGAAGGAGGAGAGAUCUCCCCGUCCAGCUGCAUCUACAUGAGCGAGUGGCUGGACUUCUGAUGGGGCGGGGCCGGAGGAGCCAUGUGGGCGGAGUCUGUGUACGGAGCAGGCGGGGCUGCGGACAUGUGAAGACGGCUGGGUGGAGGGAUGAACGAUGUAAACUGAAACCCAAAUGCUAAGAAACGAACGCAACAGAAAAAAUGGAAACAAAGACAACAGGAAGUAUGAAAGCUGUGAACUCGCUCCCCAACAGAAGUCCUCCCACCACUAGGGGGAGACUGCAGUCGGUUACAUCACCUACAUACAGACACUGCAGCUGGGACGACCCGGUUCUGGUGCCUUUGGGGAAAACCCAGAGUGGGAGCGUCUUCAGCCUGACCCACGGAUCGAUGUUUGUCCCAUCAGGCCCGGUUCUGCUCCAUCAGGCCCUAAUGGACCCGGUGCUGACGGUCAGCGCGGAUCAUCUUACACCACUUCCUGUCUCCGUAUCGACCCGACAGGAAGCGGCUCGCCGGCCGCAGCUCCGACUCCAGGCACGAAAACAAACACAGAGAACUUCUCCGGCUCUGGGUCCGGGCCUGGUGGUUCUGUUGGGUCUGUGGGGAAUCCCCACAGAACCUCAGGAACGGACUGGAACCAGAACUCUAGUUUCUGUGCUGCUGGUUUAGUUUGUGAAUAAAUUCAAUGAAGCCUGCAGAGUUCUGGUCGGGUUCUGGCAGCUGCUGGGCUUCAUUCGGUUUAGAUGACUUGGGUCGGUCAGCAUGGUUUCAUCGGACCUGAUGGUUCUGGUGGAAAAACAUUAAAAAGACAUUAAAACAG